AUGGAACACCUCGACUUGGAGCGGUUGAACUCGAACUUACCUCACCGGAACCUACAACCAAAACUGCCGCUUCCGGAAGAACUCGCAUCGCUGAUUUUGGACGACAACAGAAUUAGAACAGAGGACAAUUCAUUCAGGCGGGUAGAGGAGUUAUGGCGGGCUGCAGCUAUAAGGAAACUUGGAGUUAAGAAUGGACUGCUUUCAUGGGAUCGACUGCGCCAAAGUCAUUCCACUCGGGCAUCCCCCACCCCAUUUCUGUCUGAACAAAGCAAUGAUGUAUCUUCGUCAGUGAGAUUCCAUAUUCAGCCUAAGCUAUACAACCCCGCUGAAAACACGAUACAUGUGACGCAAAAAGAGUUACUCCUGAACUUGAAAAUGACUGUUCUUGGGAUUUCAUCUCAAUAUCACAUCUGGGAACCAACAACGGAGCGGUUCGUUCAGAUUGGAGGAGGAGGCAGUGACGAAGAUAGGAAAAGAGAUUUCGUGCUUAUUGAUGGAGAGGAUGAAGUCGUUAGCCAUAGCUUUAUCAAAGGAUUUUUGAAAAUAGGUACGCUUUUACGUCGGCUAGAGACUUUCUUGUCCACGCUACGCUCAAGGUCCGCGAAGGAGGGCCCUACAAUACAUUCUCUAUCCCAUUCACUCUCCACCAUACUUGACUACCUCCGGGAAGUUCUUUCUAGAUGUCAACCCAGCAAUGAUCAGAUUAUGGCCGACAAUAAAAUCUAUCCGUUGUUGAAUAUUUGGAGUCACUAUGAAAUUUACGAAGAAAUAUUACAUGCGCUAUCGCAGCUUUUUGGCAGAAAUUACCAGCUCGCUCCGAAGGAUUACCCUCCCUUUAAUUUGGAUCCUGUACCGCUACUAUCGCACAUAUAUGAUCACGUCAACCAACACUUCGAGCGUCAAUCAUCUAGCCUUAUUCGUGCCAUAUUAAGCUAUAUGCUGACAAUUACAUCUCAAGAGUACCUACAAGAGGUCGCACGCUCAGUUGGUUUUGGCGGUCGACUCCCUGAAAGUAGGUUAAAAUCGGCAAGGAAACUCAAGGAUGACCAUAACUUCGAAUUGGACGACGAUGACAAUGACGAAGAAGAGGAUAUUUUCGACCUCCUUGAUAAGAUCGAAACAUCGUUCCCGAAUUUUUUUCCCCAACGAAUGCUCAAUUUGUUACCUGCAUCUCAGAAGUCUCUCGUCCUUCUGCAAAUCGCGAAGCCCGAUCAUUUUUUAUUGACAUCAUCUGCGAAAGCCUUCUCCGUCCGAUGGUUCUGGUCAGCGAAAGAAAUCCUGGCGUCAUGGCAUCGAACACCCUUAUCACGAAGACCGUCUAUAACACACUCUCCUCCAAAUAUCUUCCCUUCUACUUCACCUUCUAAGCCUAACAUCCCGGAUUUUCGUAUUUUUGAUCUCGAACCAGGAACCACUACUACGCCCAAUCCCUCUAUUCAAGUCAAGAAUGAAUCCUUUACAGUGCUUUCGAGGUUUAUCCAAAGCUUUCCUGAAGAGCUCCCCUCUUUAGUACCGACAUUUUCUGAACUCACAUCGCUGGUGUUCCGAGAUUUGACAGAACACUCUGCGAAGCUCUCUUCAUCCUUGUUAUCUCUCAUCAUCGACGAACCAGGGAAUCUGAACUUUCAUUCACACCUCGUCAUACUCCGAUCAUAUCUUCUAGUAGCAGCACCUUCAUUCAAGUCACGCUUAUUGAAUGCACUUUUCUCCGAUGCGGGUGAAUAUGAACUGGGAGGCUCAUCAGCGCACUCAAUCUCAGUCAGACAUCAUUCAAGAAAAACAUCGAAGAAUGCAGGCCAGCAACCGUGGGCUGUGGGUUUAUCUCCGAAUCUACUCGAACGUGAGAUGUGGCCACCUGUUGGAGCAGACCUUAGCUUUUUCUUGCGAACGGUAAUCGUUGACUCCCUGGACAAAGGAAAAGAAACAGAAGAUGGAAAGAUGGAGCGAGAGCAGGUUGUGGAAGAGGCUGGGUGGAGGCUCGGUUUUGCCAUCCGCGAUUUACCGACUGGGUCGGGACGCGAUAAAUGGCUGGACCCUUUGAGUAUUGAGGCGCUCGACUUUCUGUAUAUGGAUUAUAAACCACCACAUUUGAUGGAAAUUCUGAUAUCCCCUGACAUUCUCGCGAAAUAUCAGAGGAUGUUCACAUUCAUAAUGAGGAUCUUCCGAGUUGAAAGCGCGUUGAAGUCCUUGUUCAGGAUGUCCACACACCGAAAUAUUGCAAUUACCCUUUUCCCGACAUUAUCCCAAUCGAGAAAACUGCUCCUACACUUCCGUUUUGUAUCCCAAGCCUUCGUAUCAAGUCUUUCAGGCUAUGUAUUUGACACUGCUAUCGGCGGCAAUUUCGACCCCUUUUUAGCCCAGCUUUCUGGACAGCAUUUGGAAACCGAACUUUCCCAUGACGCAGAUCCAGCAGUACAGGGCGCUAAGUUCAACGACGUUUUUGAACUAUCCCAGCGACAUUCUGCUCUAUUGGAUGAUGUACUUAGUGCAUGCCUUUUGAGGUCUGGUCAAAGAGGCGUAGGAGAUUUGCUUCGCCAUUGCCUAGAGUUGGUGUUGGAAUUCACCAUUGUCGUUGGAGAGUUGCAUCGAGGGCGUAUUGAGGAGUAUCAAGCUGCACCGAUGAUUGAAGAACUAUUCAAGAAGUAUUGUACUAAGAUGACUAUGCUCACGAAAGUCCUAAAAGGUCUAGUUGAUAAAGGCUCGACAUCCUCAAGUUUGCCUUUCGCCACCUACCUGCAUGGCAGCCAUGCUCCUACUGGAGGCUUGGAAGCAUUGUAUCAUCUAUUGGUCCGCAUUGAUCUCACCAGUUGGUGGAGCAACCACAACAACCUUUCCGCCAGAAGAUAA